AUGGGUGAUUUUGUGAAGAAUAAUAAUCCCAAACAGAAGCAUCAUCAGGUUAAGCAAGGUCGUGAUAAUAACUCAACUAGCUCUAUUCAGAAGGUUCAAGAACAAUGUAGUCAGAAGAAGAACCAACCUUUCAACAAUCCAAGCUCUGAGAAAGAGCAAGAGCAGCUUGAUACUGUUAAGAAAAGGAAGCAAAAACAUAAGUCAUAUUGUUCUCCAGGUUCCAUGACAAGGUAUCUUGAUUUUCGAAAAAAGCAAUUAGAAAACAAUGAAAUGGUUGCAACCGGUAAUCCAAUUCUGAAUACUGAAACAUCACCAAUAAGAGACGAAAAUGAUGAUGAUGUACAACUGAAUAAUAUUGAUGCUGGAUAUGGCCUUGGAUUUGAUUUAGAAUUGGAGACAACAGCUGAAAACGAAAAGGAAGCUCCUAAGAAGAAGCAUCGAGGGCCAACAAAGCUUACACAAGUUCAUGCGCGUACAAGAGAAGAACGCCAAUAUAUUAUUCUGAACUCAUUUGGCCAACCAGUAGGACCUACAAAGGAAAUUGUUGAAGAGUUUAAGUUCUUCCUCAGAACUUUGGGGAAGGAUUCUGAGCUUGCGCCACUCAAUUAUGUCAAUUUUCGAGAUCUGCCCACACAUGACAAAAUAUGGGAUUAUGUUUUGGAAAAAUAUAUAGUUCCUGAAGCCGGAAGAAAAUAUGCAAUGGAGGUUGUCAAUACAAGUUGGCGUAGUUAUAAAUGUAGAUUUAAGAAGAAUCAUUUCUAUGCAUAUGCCACUGAUGAGUUAAGAUGGAAGAAUAAACCAGACACUAUUUCAGUACCUCAGUUUCAAGACCUCUUGAAUUACUGGAAAUGUGAAAAAGUUGAGUUGUAA